CGAGCCCCGAAGGAAGGAGAUUGGAAGUUCCAAUUUGGAACGUGAAAUCAAGUGAGGUGUAUAAAGUGCGAGGCGUGAAGUCGACAAGCGUGAGUUAGAUGAAUGAGAUACAUUUCCACAUUUUGCGUAAUUUCGCGGCGACGAACGAAAGAAUAGAGUGAAAUUCGCAUAUCCGUCGCAUUUAGUAAUAGAAAUUGUGCAAUGCAAAGGGAGGAGAAACAACAGGACUCGGCUUUAGAAGCCAUAAUAAUGCGAGUGAACGAUCUGAAGAACGCGAUUUCUGCAAUGAUAUUCAAGGUGGAGCAUGAAUACGAGACCUUAAAUUGGCCGAAUUUCCUGGACAAUUUUGCUCUUAUCUCGGGUCAUCUGACCAGCCUCUCAAAAGUUCUCGGACACGACAAAGCUUUAAAUCUCAGAGGUCUAACAGUUUUACCAUUACGCUUGAGCCCGGAGAAGGAUGAGGAAUUGCUACGACUCACGGAGAAUCGAAUCCCUACAUUUGCGCAUGAUCUAGUCCCGGAUUAUCUGAGGACAAAGCUGGAGCCCCAAGCCGAGCAAAAGAUGAUGCAAUUAGAAGCCAAGGCCGCAAACGUUAACAUCGAUACAUCACAUGACUACAAUAAACAACUGGCGCAGUAUACAAAGGUGAUUAGCCAUGUGUGGGACAUAGCGAAUAAGGCACGCGAAGAUUGGGAGGGCGAAGUUAGCACCAGAGCGACACAAGCGCAGACCAGCAGCGCUGCGGAUACUCACGCUCUUCUGGCUGCUGUAGGGAUGGGCAAAGGUUUGAAAUCUGAUUCGAUACAAAUGGUUCAAUCUGGCGUAAAUCCAGUAGCUAACAGCAUGAUGGUAGGCAGACCUGGCAAUCAGCAGCAAACGACGGGGCAAGGGCCACUGGGUAAUCCACCAAUGGGACAAAUGAAUAAGGCGCCAAGUGCAAUAAAAACUAAUAUCAAAGCAGCAUCACAAAUCCAUCCUUAUAGAUAAGAAUAUUGUAGCAUCUCUGUCACUUAAGAUGUAUUAUACAAUGAUUGAUAUUUCAAAUACGUAUUUAUGAGACACGAUCGCGUAUGAGCGAGGAGAAAUACACUUGUUCAUCACAGGCACAAUAGCAGCCUCCAAGCCUUG